UUUAUUGCUUUUCAACGUUUGCUCAAUUCGCAGCAGCAGAGCGGUGAUGUUUCGCUGGGAUUUAUGCUUCUUCCCGCGAAUAAUCGUGAAAUCCAGCUGAUCGCCCAGUAUGGUGUAUGUGUAAAUAACAAUUUUGUUGGUGAUCUUGGCGAUCCUGCUCAUGGUGUUUAUCUGUCGCAGUACCCUGAUCUGGUCACUGCUGCUCCGUUUCUGGACCUGAAAACCAAAGUGUUGAUUUUGGUUUGCAAGGUAAGUCUCCUUUUUUCCGUGCUAGUUUUAAUUAAGAUUGUUAUUACUUGCCAGUUUCUUUGUACAGUUUGUGUUGUGCUACUUGCUUCCCUGCUUGCUUCCUUGCUUCCCUUGUAUUUCCUCGUCGGACUAAAGAUACCACUUAUCACUUGCCCUGCACCCGUCUUACUAUCAGCAAAUCAAACCGCGCAUUGUACUUGGUCAUUUUUUGCCUAUAUACAUUCACUACGGCCUAUACACAUUCACUUUUUGCCUGUACACAUUGUGCUUUUUUACAAGGCAUUUAGUUCUCUCUGCAUUUGCAAGAGUUUAGGAACUCGAGCCAAAGGCGAAAAAUUGCCCUAUAAAAUCCAAAAAACUCCAGAGAAAGUUCUAUUGCUUGUCAGGAUCGUCAGUGUUCUGGCCGCAAAGCAAUGCAGCACUGGUCAAAAAAGCAAAAGAACUGCUAGUUACAUAGCUGAUGAGCCGAAUUUGUUAUUAGUUUAUUCAGAUUGCGAGAAGCUACUUUAG